UUUUCUGACUAUGUCUUCCUUCAAGAAGAGAAAUAAAAGUGGUCAGAAACGUUACAGAGAGCGAGGGCAGCCAUCAGAAAGGAAGCACCUCGGUCUGUUAGAGAAACACAAGGAUUAUGUGGAGAGGGCAGCCUCUUUUAAGAAGAAAGCAGCUGAACUGAAGCGACUACACGAGAAGGCAAGGAACAGGAAUAAAGAUGAGUUCUACUACAAAAUGAUCAAAACUAAGCUUCAAGACGGUCGUCACGUGAUACAGCAAGAGGAAGAAUCCUAUACAGAGGAACAACUCAAAAUCAUGAAAACUCAAGACCUGAAAUACGUCCAACUGAAACUAAGCACAGAGAAAUCAAAGAUCGAUCGACUGAGAGCAUCCCUCCAUCAAACUGAGGAGAGAGAGAAGCACAACACACACUUGAUAUUUGUCGAUGAUGAAGACGAGGCAGACAGCGAAGAAGAAUUAGAGAGCAGAGAAAAUGAGACUAGUACUGCAGGAGAAGACGACAUGGACGACGACGAUGAUGAUGACUUUCAAUUUAAGGAUUUAUCGAUACGAGUUAGAAAGAGGUCGAGAAAAGAGCCAAUCCCUGGAGAUGCACCUGAUGCUGAAGGAAGAUACAAAGAGCUGGAGAGUAGACUCAAGCGUUGCCAAGAGCUAAAGAUGUUAAGCGAAAGAAUGCAACUACAGAAACACCUCCUCAAUAAGAAAGAGAAGAGAGUAAAGGAAAGAGGAGGAGGACGAACCAUCUAUAAAUGGCUACCAGAAAGAAAAAGAUAGAUAAUCAUUCUUUUACUUGAAAAUAAUAAUAAAAAUUGGUUUUUAAACCGGA